AGGGUAAAGCUGGCGAGGAGACCACUUUUUCUAAGCUUAGUCGAAGCUGUAAUAUGAAGCUUAACAUUUAUUCAUCAAGCAUGCAUCAACUUUCUGGGUUUUACAUGUAGAGAGAAGGGAAGUGAAGAUGAAGAUGGAGAAAGAAAAGAUUGGUGGUAAUGGAGAGCCUAAAUUUGCAGUAGCAGUGAACAAGACUAAGGAUGCUGGAGGUGUUGAAUUGGAGAUAUUGAACAAGUUGAUUCUGAUUAAAGCUGAGAAACCCAGAAACUUUGUUAGUAUGGAAUAUUGGGUUAAAGGCGACAAUCUGAGGAGUUGCAUAAGUUCUCUUUCUUCACUGACUAAGAUCAAACUUCUAUUGCUUGUAGCCAUUGCCAUGUUGUUGGUGGGCAUACUUCUGUUGGAGAGCACAACAUGUAAUGACACAAUGAGUGUAAGGAUCUCAUCGCUGCGUUCUUCUUAUCCAGUCCUUUUGCGUCCACCAGAAAGGGCUUACCAGAACAAUGGGUAUCUGAUGGUGUCAGCCAAUGGAGGAUUGAACCAAAUGCGAGCUGGUAUAAGUGAUAUGGCAGUCAUUGCUAGAUAUUUAAAUCUAACAUUCAUAGUUCCUGAGCUGGACAAUACCUCCUUUUGGCACGACAGUAGUCGUUUUGAAGACAUAUUCGACGUAGAUUAUUUCAUUAGCUCUUUGAGAAAUGAAGUAAAAAUAUUGAAGGAACUUCCUCCCGAGGAGAAGAAGAAGCUGGAGACAAGAUACCUUUAUUCUAUGCCACCAGCUAGUUGGUCCAACUUGUCAUACUAUCAUGAUUCAAUUCUUCCUCGAGUUAAAAAGUAUGGGGUGAUUCAUUUUUCAAAAGCUGAUGCUAGGAUUGCCAACAAUGGCAUUCCUGUGGAUAUUCAAAAGCUGCGCUGCCUUGUGAAUUACAAGGCCCUGCGAUUCACAGCUCCGAUACAAGAAGUUGGGAAGAAAAUUGUAAGAAUUCUGAGGAAAAAAGGUCCUUUCUUAGUUCUUCACCUCAGAUACGAAAUGGACAUGUUGGCAUUCUCUGGUUGCUAUGAAGGCUGCAAUAAAACAGAAAGGGAAGUACUGACAGAAAUGAGGUACGCAUAUCCAUGGUGGAAAGAGAAGGAAAUAGACCCUCAAAGGAAAAGGCAAAAUGGUUUAUGCCCUUUAACUCCAGAGGAAACUGCUCUGACAUUAAGGGCAUUAGACAUUGAUCCUCAAAUGCAAAUAUACAUAGCAGCUGGGGAUAUAUAUGGGGGAGAAAGAAGAAUGGCACCUCUAAGAAAAGCUUUCCCAAAUAUGGUUAAAAAGGAAACAUUAUUAGAACCCUCUGAUUUUGAGCCCUUCCAAAACCAUUCAAACAGGAUGGCAGCAUUGGAUUAUAUUGUCUCGAUAGAAAGUGACAUUUUUAUGCCUACCUUUCCUGGCAAUAUGGCUAAAGUUGUUGAAGGCCACAGAAGGUACUUGGGGUUUAGAACCACAAUAACUCCAAACCGGUAUAUUCUAGUGCGUUUAAUAGAUCAAUACAAGAUGGGGAAGCUGAGUUGGGAUGAAUUUGCUAAAGCUGUGAAGGAAGUUCAUGCUAACAGAAGAGGUGGUCCAACAGUAAGAUCCCAGUUUCCAGUAAAACCCAAGCUGGAGGAUUAUUUCUAUGCUAAUCCUCAAGAAUGCCUCCCAAUAAUGGAUUGAAAAUCAACCAAAACUUCCCCAUAAAGACCUCAACUGUUGCAGCAAAUGCGAGUUUUUAUGCUCCGAAGACUACUCCAGGCCCAUUCAA